CUGUCACUCAGCCGGGUCCUGUCCUAGCAGAAGGCGUCGCUCCCGCCGCCGGACGCCGGCCCAUGGACGCCGCGCUCCUCCUCGCCCUCGGGCUGCUGGCCCAGAGCCUGUGCCUGUCAGUGGGGGUCCCCGGGCUGAGGAGGCCGCAUACCCUGUACCCCUGGCACCGGAUGCCGGCACCGGGCCGCGUGCGGAGAGCCUGGGUCAUCCCUCCCAUCAGUGUGUCCGAGAACCACAAGCGCCUGCCCUUCCCCCUGGUGCAGAUCAAGUCGGACAGGCAGCAGCUGGGCAGCAUCAUCUACAGCAUCCAGGGGCCCGGCGUGGACGAGGAGCCCCGGGGGAUCUUCUCCAUAGACAAGUUCACAGGGAAGGUGUCCCUGAAUGCCGUGCUGGACCGAGAGAAGACAGACCGCUUCAGGCUCAGGGCCUUUGCUCUGGACCUGGGGGGGUCCACCCUGGAGGAGCCCACGGACCUGGAGAUCGUGGUUGUGGACCAGAACGACAACCGGCCUGUCUUCCGGCAGGAGGUGUUCACUGGCCGGGUGCUGGAGGGCGCCGUCCCAGGAACCUACGUGACCAGGGCUGAGGCCACGGAUGCGGACGACCCGGAGACGGACAACGCGGCCCUGCGAUACUCCAUUCUGGAGCAGGGCGGCCCUCAGCUCUUCAGCAUUGACCCGCACACGGGGGAGAUCCGCACGGUUCAAGUGGGCCUGGACCGCGAGGCGGUCGCCGUGUACAACCUGACCCUGCAGGUGGCGGACAUGUCUGGAGACGGCCUCACCGCCACUGCCUUGGCCGUCAUCACCCUGGAGGAUGUCAACGACAACGCCCCCGAGUUCACCAGGGCUCAGUUCUUCCUGGAGGCCACAGAGGCCGUCAGCGGAGUGGACGUGGGGCGGCUGGAGGUAGAGGACCGGGACCUGCCCGGCUCCCCCAACUGGGUGGCCAGGUUCACCAUCCUGGAGGGCGACCCUGACGGGCAGUUCGCCAUCCGCACCGACCCCAGGACCAACGAGGGUGUGCUGUCUGUGGUGAAGCCGCUGGACUACGAGAGUCGGGAGCACUACGACCUCAAAGUGGCGGCGCAGAACGAGGCUCCCCUGCAGGCGGCGGCCCCCAGGGCCGAGCGGGGCCAGGCCAGGGUCAGCGUGCAGGUGCGGGAUGUCAACGAGGCGCCCGUGUUCCAGCAGAACCCACUGCGGACCAGCCUGGCCGAGGGGGCGGCCCCAGGAACCCCCGUGGCCACCUUCUCUGCCCGAGACCCUGACACACAGCAGCCGCAGAGGCUCAGCUACUCCAAGGACUAUGACCCUGAAGACUGGCUGCAAGUGGACGGGGCCACUGGCCGGGUCCAGACCCAGCGCGUGCUCAGCCCCGCAUCCCCCUUCCUCAAGGACGGCUGGUACAGGGCCAUCAUCCUGGCCCGAGAUGAUGCCUCCCCACCCAGCACGGCCACAGGGACCCUGUCUGUUGAGAUCCUGGAGGUCAACGACCACGCCCCUGAACUGUCCCCGCCGUGGGGCAGCCUGUGCAGCACACCAGAGCAGGGCUCCGGUCUUCUCUUGGGGGCCACGGAUGAGGACCUGCCCCCCCACGGGGCCCCCUUCCACUUCCAGCUGAGCCCCAGGCUCCCAGAGCUGGCCCGGAACUGGAGCCUCAGCCAGGUUAACGUGAGCCACGCGCGCCUGCGGCCCAGGCUCCAGGUCCGGGAGGGGCUGCACCGCCUGAGCCUGCUGCUCCAGGACUCGGGACAGCCGCCCCAGCAGCGCGAGCAGCCCCUGAACGUGACCGUGUGCCGCUGCGGCCUGGACGGCGCCUGCCUGCCGGGGGCCGCUGCGCUGCGGGCGGGUGGCGCGGGCAUCAGCCUGGGCGCCCUGGUCAUCGUGCUGGCCAGUAUCAUCCUGCUGCUCUUGCUCGCCCUGCUGGUGGCCCUCCUGGUGCGGUGCCGGCAGCAGUCGUGUGACAAGAGGCUUUUGCACGGGCUGCAGGACGACCUUCGGGACAACAUCCUCAACUACGACGAGCAGGGGGGCGGGGAGGAGGACCAGGAUGCCUAUGACAUGGACCAGCUGCGCCACCCGGCAGAGCUGGCGGCCCUGGGCGCCCCGCUGGGACGGCCUUCUCUGCGCAGAGACGCCCCGUUCGGCCGAUCGCACCCCCAGGCCCCCCGCGUGCUGCCCACCAGCCCCUCUGACAUCGCUGACUUCAUCAACGAGGGCUUAGAGGCCGUGGACAGCGACCCCGCCGUCCCUCCCUACGACACGGCUCUCAUCUAUGACUACGAGGGGGAUGGAUCCGUGGCAGGCACGCUGAGCUCCAUCCUGUCCAGCCUGGGUGAUGAGGACGCAGACUACAGCUGCCUCUGGGACUGGGGGCCCCGCUUUGCCCGGCUGGCCGACUUGUACGGGCCCCGUGAGGGCACCAGGGAAGAGGCUUUCUGAUGGGGACCUGCACCCACCCUGCUGAGGGCACGGCCUCCCGGACACAGGGCAGACCACAGGCGCCUGAGCGGACACGCCGGACUCGGCUGUGUGUCGAGAUGGACAAAGGGCCCUGCGCCCCACCCUGGGGCCUUGGCCGGCCUGGUCUCAGCCAGGGGAAGUCAGGGCCCAAAGCCUAGAGUGGAGUGGCCAGAAGGAGGCGCCCCUCCUGCCCCGUCAGUUGCCUCCAAUGGGAUCAGAGGCCCCAUUCCCAGCUCUGCUUCCCACCCAUGCUGAUCUCAUCUCUGUAUGAAAGGAAGCAGCUCUCGGGCAAACAUGAAUUAAAAACGUGCUCAUCUCUCCAA